ACGGACGAAGCUCCGAGAACUCAGAAGCAAUAAGCUUCACCAUCAUCUCGUUUAGUCGGCUUCUGUCAGCGUUCAAAGCCUCUUCUUGCCCUCUUUCAGCUGAUUUGUUCCACUCCGCAACAGUCGCUGUACCACGUAUCGCCGCUCCCGGCGAGGAAGGUCAUCAUCAUGUUUCGCGGGGUGUUAGCGUUAUGCCUCGUGGCCGAGGCGUUCGCUCUGUGCUCUAUGAGACCCUCGGAAGAACUCACAACGGUUCAACGAUAUCCAGGAGAUGGGGGAUAUAGUAUUCUCAUCAGCGGAAACUCCGAUAAGUACAUACCGAACGCGGUAUACACCAUCAGUCUUCGGGGGUUCCCCACGCAUUCAAGAAUCCAACAAUUCAGUAAAUUCACGCUAUCUGUGGAAUCCCAGUAUUUGCCUGGGAGUCCGAUUUCUCGAGUUGGAUUCUUCGAACUGUUUCCCGAUUCGACGACGACCUUCAAUGAGGACUGCGUCAAUACCGUUUCCGAGGCAUCGGACUAUCCGAAAUCUGAGAUUCAAGUGAUGUGGAAAGCUCCAGCCGCUGGGUCAGGCUGCGUCGUUUUCAGUGCUAUGAUAUUCGAGAGUUUCGAUCGUUGGUACGCCGAAGAUGGAAAUCUGACAAAGCCUUUCUGCGAAAUAUCCGAAUUGGAAGCAGCGAAAGAACUUAAUGAGGAACGUUGUUGUGCCUGUGACGACGCCAAAUAUUCCAUUAUCUUCGAAGGCAUUUGGUCGAACUCAACCCAUCCGAAGGACUUUCCGUUCUCAUUAUGGCUGACCCACUUCAGUGAUUUAAUCGGUGCCACCCACGAACCGACAUUCUCAUUUUGGGGAAGAGAACAUGUUGCCACCGACGGUUUCCGGGCACUUGCCGAAUGGGGCAGUGUCACUGGGGUUCACAACGAGCUCAAAGCCAAAACUAAGCACUUGAGGUCGCUCUUUAAAGCUGCAGGACUUUGGUACCCCAGAGUGAACACGAACACCACGGCGACCUUCAGCGUUGAUCGCAAACAUCCGUUGCUUUCUGCGGUCUCGAUGCUGGGACCAUCUCCCGACUGGGUAGUCGGAGUCAGUAAAUUGAACUUGUGCCAGAAGGAUUGCACUUGGGUCAAGAGUCAGAUCGUAGAUCUCUAUCCAUGGGACUCGGGAACCGAUAAUGGGAUUUCGUACAUGUCGCCCAACUCUGAGACCAAUCCACGAGAGAGGAUGAGGCCAAUAACCACGUCCUACCCCGAAGACCCAAGGUCGCCCUUCUACGAUCCUACCGGUAAACCUAUGUUGCCCCUGGCCAGGUUUUACAUCACCAGAGAAAAAAUUGUUCCGAGGAGCUGCGAUGCUGAAAUACUUCAGCAGCAAAUCGCUGAUCUUGAGAUAUCCGAAAACACGGAGGACACGUCCCGACCCGAAUGUGCUACGACCGAUUACACUCCUUGGUCACCUUGUUCGGUGAGUUGUGGAAAGGGUCUCAGAAUGCGCACAAGGGAAUAUCGUAUGCCCGAUAAAGCCGCCAUGUUGGGCUGCAACAGGCAAAUCGUAUCGAAGGAAAUGUGCGUUGCGGACAUCCCUGAGUGUGCAGGCGAAGAGGAAAUAGAAACCGAAGCACCGCUCGUGAACCUUGACGGGAUUUGCGAAACGACCGAUUGGUCCGUGUGGUCGGAGUGUUCAAGUUCUUGCGGAAUUGGAUUCAAAAUGCGAACCAGAAGAUUCCGUAAUCGCAUGGGGCGCAAAAAGUGUCCCCACGUUCAGAUAGUAGAAAAGGAAAAGUGUAUGGAACCGCCUUGCGCACCCGGUACCGAGGAAGUCGCCGAUCCACUCUGCAAAGUCACCGAAUGGUCCGACUGGUCACCGUGCAGUGCUUCAUGUGGUAAGGGUGUGAAGCUCAGGACGAGAUUACUGAUGGUGGAUCCCUCGAUGCAACAAAAAUGCUCCUCACGUAUCGAACUCCUUCAGCAAAGACCCUGUCAAGUCCAGUCGGAUUGCACAUUCGACAUGGCAACAGCGAAAGUCGUCUGCAUGGAAGAGGCUGACCCUGGACCGUGCAGGGGUUACUUCCAACGCUGGUCGUUCAACCCUCAGAAACUCAUGUGCGUUCCCUUUGGAUACGGAGGUUGUCGCGGAAAUAGAAACAACUUCCUUACCAGCGAAGAGUGCGCAGAAACCUGCGGCAUCGUAAGGGCUGCUCUUACUGGGCAACCGAUACCGAGUCCCUCAGUGAGCCGAAAUUCCAUAGUCCCCGCACAAAUCGCUCCUCCGAGCGAGCCUCCAAUUGACUGCAUGGUGAGCCCUUGGUCGCCUUGGUCGCCGUGCUCCGUUACUUGCGGAAAUGGAAGGGUGACGAGUUCCAGGAUGAUAAAACGUCCUGCUGCGAACGGAGGCAAAGCUUGUCCAAGAAGAUUGCAACGCCGGGCACGAUGUCAGCUUGCUCCCUGUACAUAAAUUUCUACUUGAUAAAAAAACCGAGUCUGCUAUUUAAUAUGAGAAAUACCACACACUGUGAAUGAGUAACUACGAACUCUGAAAGGUAUAUGGGGGUGGGCAGAGAAUCUUGGAAAAUUUUCAUCGGCAAAAUAACACCCAAAAGUUAUGGACGAUAUGUUUUUACUUCGACCCUUACCAUCAAUGUGUCCUGUAACAAUACUAUAUCGAUUAUGGUGAUAUUCUGUAAAUAUUAUGUACGAGGUUGAUUCAGUAGAAAAUAAAGUAAGUUUUUACUGUC